UGUACAGUUGGCAUGAAAUCGGAAUAUACAAUCUCCCUACGAUGAUCGAUCGCAUUAUCGAGCAAACAGGGCAGAAGAAGAUCUUUAUUGUAACACAGCCAGAGCGGUAGCGUAUUUUUUGUGAUGACUAGCGAACGGCCAAAGUAUCAAGAGAAAGUUAUUGCUCUUUCUGCUUUAGUCCCAGCAGUCUUCGCAUGUAGAACAGAAAAUAUCACUCUAAUGCAUAUGUUUGUGAUAGUGGUUACCAUAGAUAGUUAUAUAUUGUGGAGUGAAUAUACAUAAUGUUUGUAUGGAGGGAUGAGUGUGACGAGUGUGCAUAUGAUUGUGGUGUGGUGUGAUCUGAGUGUUUGAUAUAUUUCAUGGUAGAAAAAAGAACGAAUGAGAGAGUUGUAUGCGUAAACAAUUGAGAGCGAGCAUGGUGACGAGAAACAGUCGUGAUGGAAAAGAUCCCAAAACUCGAAGCAUGAAAGACGAGAAGACAAGAGUGAAUAGAUAGAGAAUGAAUCAAUGAGAAUUAAACAUUGUACGUGUUUCAUAAUUUAUAUUAAAUCUAUCAAUAAUCAGUGUGUUUGUUAAUCGAUCCACUAAGAAAUGGUAGCAGAGCGUGGUUACUAAUAACGUUUUCAAAAAAUAUUCGUGAAAAUGAAGAAAAAGGUACAAAGAUAGUCGAUGCGUGGAAUAUCGCGAGCGUUGAACCGCUUGAUGAUUCAAACUACUUUGUAUGAAAGAAAAAAUAGAAGGAAUCCUACGAUCGAAACGAUUGUGGAAAAAGUGAUUGGAGUAAAACCGUUGGAAAAACCAAUUGUAGAAGAGGCAAAUUAUGAAGAAAAGCUAAAAAAUUGGGAUGAGUGGGAUGAUAACAAUUACGCAACUAGGACCAUUAUGAUUAAUACAAUGAAUAAGGCACAAUUACUAAGGUAUAAUAGCAUAAAUAGUGCCGAUAAAUUAUGGUCAAAAAUCAUGCAAGAUAUGGUUGCCGAAACAGAAGAAUUGAAACAAGAUCACUUUAUGAACUUUCUUCGAAUAUCAAGAUGGCGAAAGACGAAACAAUUGAUGCUUUUAUAAACAAGGCAGAAGCCUUAAAGAACCAAUGUAUGCAACUUGGAAGAGACGUUGAGGAAUAUGAAUUAAAAAUGUAUAUAUUACGAGGGAUUCGAUCAGAAUAUGAUCCUAACGUGAGAGUAUUCGAAUCACAGAGGAAUAUAUCAGUGAAUAAUUUUGUUCAAGAAAAAAGGCGAAUUAGUAUGGCAGACAAGAAAGGAAAGGUAUUAACCUCGAAGGGAAUUGGUAAUGUCAUUGUGAGACAAGCUUCUAGAAAUAAUAAUGUAAAAUUGAAGAAUGUAUUGUGUGUGCCAGAGCUAAAUUCGAAUUUACUUUCAGUUGCGAAGAUAACUGAUCAUGGGUAUAAUGUAAAUUUCAGUAAGUACGGAGCGAUAGUGUAUAGUAAGUCGAACGGAAUUCAUGACAGUGGUAGAGAGCAAGAUGCAUAUUAUGUAAGGACAUUCAUAAAUCACGAGAAGACUGCGGCAAUGUCAACGAAUGAUGAUAUAUGGCACAAACGAUUAGAACAUGCAAAUAAAGACAUCAUAGAAGAAAUGAGAAAAAAAAAUCUGGCUUUAGGUAUGGAAAGUAGGUGGAAAAGGGUAUGUGAAUCAUGCGUGGAAGGAAGCAUCUAAGAAGUCACAUCCGCGACAUGAUGCGAAGAGAACAAUGCGUAUUAUGGAACUGUGGCAUACGGACUUGAUAGGUCCAAUCAAACCCUCAUCGUAUGGUAAGAAAAAGUACAUACUAAGUAUAAUCGAUGUUUUUUCGAGAAUGAUGUUUAUACAGCUACUAGAGGAUAAAAGUAACGCAGCUGAAGAAUUAAAAAGAAUAAUAAUAUUAAAAGAUAAUCAGACGGAGCAACGAUUGAAGAGAAUUAGGUUAGACAACGGUGGAGAAUAUCUCGGAAGAAACUUGAAAAAUUGGUUUGAUUCGAAAGAAAUUAAACACGAGCUAAGUCUUCCAAUGACUCCUGAAUGUAAUGGAAUUGCUGAAGGAGCGAAUAAAACGAUCAUUGAAACGAGCAGAACAAUUUUGGCUGAUUCUAAAUUGAACUGAAUUGAAAUUUAAGUUUCGGGAAGAAGCAACGAAUACAGCAAUAUACAUUCGAAAUCAGGUAAAAUCGCGAGUACAUGAAAAAACACCAUACGAGAUCUGGUACGAGAAACAACCUAACAUAAAGCACAUGAGACGAUUUGGUUGCAUUCCCUAUUUACUAAAGAAAGGAGGGAAUAAAAAGAAAUUUAACGACAUAAAAACAAUAAAAGGUAUCUUUAUGGGAUAUAACGAAAAUAAUACUUAUCGGAUAUACAUACCAGAAACAAAACACAUAAAGUGCGACUGCGAUGUAAGAUUUGAUGAAAAAAAAAAAAAAAAAAAAGAAUGGAUCGGACUUGCUACGCUACGGAGAAGG